UUCAAAUCAAAACGAAAUGCGAUUUGCGUUGUGCUAUGUGGGAGAAAAAAAGUUUUAGCACUUUCACAACAUAAAAAGGUAAGAAUUGGAUGAUUUGCUUCCAAACACGUUGCAAUGGAUCUAUACGCGCUGAAGUGUAGACUGUGCGAAACGACCGACAGACUGAACGACAGCAAAUGGUUGGAUUUGUUUUCCGCCGGUAACGAAACACUACUGAUGAAAAUUGAAGCCUGCACCAGUGUUGUGAUAAGAAAGGCCGACAGUCUACCGAAACGAAUUUGUGACCGAUGCAACACGCAUUUACAGCAGGCAUACAGCUUUAGGGUCCAAUGUGAGAUAACGGACGCCAAACUGCGGCGUGAGAUUGAAUUACUCCAGAGGAAUGAUUGGGACAUCGGCGAGAGCAUAAAAAAAGAGGACAAUCAAGAAAGAACAGAUACGUGUGACGGCCUUUUGGAUAUCAAAGUGAAACAGAGUGAACAAAAUCCAGAAGAAGAAUUGUAUGUUAUUUUCACCGAGGAUUCAGACCCAGAUGUCAGCUUAUCGAAGAUUAAGAAAAGUCUUGAAGCAAAAGAAGAUCAGUCCGCAGAUGAUGGUGAAGAACAGAUUAAAUCAGAAAUAAAUGAUUCCGCAGAGUCUGAUCCCGCGGAGCCCUCGGAGAAAAAAAGCCGGCUACGAAUCAAAUCUGAAGAACACGAUGAGAAGACUCGUUCGAAUAUCUGUGAAACAUGCGGAGAGCAGUUCGAGAAAGCUUCUCAAUUGUACAAACACACGAGAUCAGUUCACGGGAAAAAACGUUUCCAGUGCAGCACUUGUUCGAAAUGGUUCUAUCGACGGACUCACUUGCGGGAUCACCAGCUGCGCCACAGUGGAAUUCGGCAGUUUGAGUGUACAAAAUGUGAUCGCAAAUACGUAACCCAGAAGGGUCUCAAGACACACGUGGACAGCAUUCACAGCGAUGAACAGCCUUACGUUUGUGACAAAUGCGGGACCGGGUUUGCCAAGCCAGGAAUGUUACGUAAUCAUUACAGUACGCACAUUGAAUCCCGAGAUUUUCUGUGUGGUGUUUGCUCGAAGGGGUAUAAAACAAAGUCUCAGCUGGAUCUGCACAUGAAUAUUCAUUUGCCGCUGGAUCAGAAAAAGGCGAAGAAGAAACGCCGUCCGGAGAAACCCUGUAUAUGUCAGUUCUGUGGGAAAGUGUCCAAUUCGCUUGCAGCCCACAAAUUGCACGUAAGACAACACACAGGCGAGCAGCGCUACGAGUGUCAUAUCUGUCCAAAGCGAUUUAUUUCCUUCGGUUCCCACAAGAAACAUUUGCUCGUCCACUCGGGUGAGAGACCUUACAGUUGCGAGUUUUGUCAAAAAGCGUUCCGCCAGAAGCAUCAUUUGACUACGCACACACGGAGCGUGCACACUAACGAAAAACCUUACGAGUGCAAGUUUUGCCUGAAAACAUUCGUAACCAAAGGCAAUAUGAUGCUGCAUUUGCGCAUUCAUACUGGAGCCGACGCGAAAUCGAAGGUGGCUGCGGAUUCUUCAAACAUAUAAUUACAAAACUACGAACAUUGGCAACAUACUUAAGUAUUCAAUUUGAAAUAAAAUAAAUAUUCCUAUUCCAAGCAUCGAAACCUACGCUGCU